AUGGCUGAAAACAGUUCUAAGUUUUGGUUCCUUACAUAUGAGUAUUUUAAAAAAGACGUUAUAAAACCCGAGGACAAUUUGGUAAUAUUAGUGCAUUGGUUGUUGUUGAGAAACAAUUUCCAAGUACUUGGACUUGACAAUGAGGAUAAAGCUAACAUAGAGCAACCGACCGAUAUUUUACCUACAAAUUGGACUGAAAAGGAAAUGUACAAGUUGCAUUACAAGCGUGACGAGGAAUUGUUUGUGUUGAGUGGUGUCAAAGCUUGUGAUAGCUUUAUUUUCAAUUUGUAUAAUGAAUUAACAAAACAUGUGGCAAGCGCUGCGAUUGGAAAUGUUAAUUCUGCAGUGAAAUGGAUCAGUGACUCGGCAAAUAAUACAGAUAAGUUCUAUGAAAUGAUUCAUUUGUUAGAAACUGACCUAAUUAAACCCAUGCGAAAAGAAAAUAAGGAUAAGAAAAAUGUUGGCAUUCAGACCAAAAAAGAGGAUGACUGGUCCAUAGGACAAUUCUCUGGAUAUCCGCCAGCUUAUCAGCCUGAUCCUUACAGCCCAAGAAAUCCAUUUCCAUCAUACGGCCAGCCAGAUUUGAAUCCUUUAACAGGUGUUGGUGGUAUGAUCUAUGACCAAAUUUUGCAGAGAAGAAGACCAAAUAAUGGACCAGGGAUUCCUCCAAUGGCACGUUUUGAUCCGACCCGCCCAAUCAAUCCAGAUCCAAUGAGGCCGGGCAGCAAUAAUAGACCUCGUCCGGAUCAUAUGAGACCACCAGAUUUUGAUGAUAGUUUGUAUAUGUAA